CCAACAGAACCCCACCCAACUUGUUUCUUUACCCAAAGUCAUCUGGUCAACACAGAACCUGAAGUUCCAGGGGGGAAAAACCAGGUGAGCAAGGAAAGCUUUCACAGAAAUAUUAGCAAACUUUCCAUUCAUGACGGACUGGUGUUUGGGGUGGGAGGGGGGGAGGCUAGCGACCUAAAUGACAAAUGCAUGGCUUUUUUGGGGGGGGUCUGCAUUAAACUGUUCUGUGCUGCCCUUCAGACUUCUUAUAUGUGCUUCCAAGCACACAGAAAAUGCAUACAUGCCCUUUUCCUAGUCUAGUCAUUUUCUGACUUUCUACUUUAAGAGGGAAGUGCUGGGAUAGCUCAGUCGGUAGAGCUUGAGACUCUCAGGGUUGUGGGUUCAAGCCCCACAUUGGGGGGAAAUAUUCCUGCACUGAAGGGGGCUGGACUAGAGGACCUUCAUGGGUCCCUUCCAAAUGCUACAGUUCUGUGAUUCCACAUUGAUAUGUGCUGUGUGGCUUGUGAGGUAACCCUUGUAUGUUGCAGGGGUAGGUUUAGGGCACAUACUUGGUGCAUGCAGACUGCUGGCUAAGUGAGCAUCACUGCCACAUCGCAUGAAAGUUGUAGACCCCUGGAACAUAUUGCAGGAGAAAUGUCCAAGCAGUGAGCAAGCUAUCUUCCGAGGAAGCUAAGCUGCCAUGGGAACGUUCCAAGGAAGGUGAUUCUGGAGAUUGAUUCUGGAUGCAAUUUGGGAACCACAACCCCACUUCCUUGCCUGUUGUCUGCAGUUGCUAGGUGGAUCACAACCCAAUAGGUCUCUCCUGUUGUUUUCUGCAAAAUGUCUGAGCCAAGCGAAUAUUGGGGAGAUGUGUGCAUUUCAGUAUGGAUGGAAGGACAAUGUUCCUGUUGGUCAAGCAUUGCUCAGUUGUUUGCUGUGCCUGAGGAAGGGAACAUAAAGGGACUACUGAGAGGUGCCUGGUGUAGUCUGAACAUGUAGAUCAACCUUCAGCUGGGCCGGCUGGGAGUGAUGGGAGCUGUAGUUCAAGACACUUGGAAAAACUGGGUGGGAACUGAUUCAGGUAUCAUAAAGUGGAUUAAUAGUGGUGAGAUCAGGAUUGCCUGGUAAAGAGCAGUGGAAUUGCAUUUAGAUUAGCCAUGCCUCUUACAUGAAGGAGUCCUCUAUCUGAAGAACUGCCCAGAUCACAUCUUAAUUUUGUUGCUCAUCAACAGACUGACACCCAAUCAAAGAAAUGGCUAGUCUUCCCCACUAUGGCGAGAUCACAGAAUUAUAGUAUUGGAAGGGAUCCUGAGGGUCAUUUAGUCCAUCUCCCUGCAGUGCAGGAAUCUUUGUUCCUGGCUUCCUUGAAGAAACCGCAGAUAAGAACAAACUUAUUUCCUUGGAGGAAGCUGUUCUUGCAAGCCCCAAAAGACUGCUCGGGAAAAGGUUUUGUUGUUGUUUAGUCGUUUAGUCAUGUCUGACUCUUCGUGACCCCAUGGACCAGAGCACAACAGGCACUCCUGUCUUCCACUGCCUCACGCAGUUUGGUCAAACUCAUGCUGGUAGCUUCGAGAACACUGUCCAGCCAUCUCGUCCUCUGUUGUCCCCUUCUCCUUGUGCCCUCCAUCUUUCCCAACAUCAGGGUUUUUUCCAGGGAGUCUUCUCUUCUCAUGAGGUGGCCAAAGUAUUGGAGCCUCAGCUUCAGGAUCUGUCCUUCCAGUGAGCACUCAGGGCUGAUUUCCUUCAGAAUGGAGAGGUUUGAUUUUCUUGCAGUCCGUGGGAAAAGGUUUAGAUAGAAAAAAAGAACAGAAAUAAAUAAAUAGCAGGCUGAGAGCUAAGCAAUAGUAGGAAAAAUGCUCCUCUGACAAGCCAAAGUCACACCUGUGUUGUUAAUCCAAAGAGCAGCUCCAGUAAGGGUGGAAGACCUAGGAAUGUUUUGCGGGUUUCCUGGAGUCCCAUGGCUAUCUCAGGCUAUUUAGGCAGAGACCAGUCACCUGCAGAAGUGACUUCAGGUUAUCUUCUUCGUGGAAAGAUGUAAUGUGACUCAGGUGGGCUGUCUGGGAAGCACCGUUAGGCCUCACAUGAUGGCACACCUUUUGGGACACUUUGCCCCAGCACACACUUCUUUUUGCCUAGUAAAGGCCACUUUGCAAAUCAGUCUCCUUCCUGAUGGCAUUUAGACCCCAGAGCUCUCUUAAAACAUCUAUCAGGUACCUUGAAUCCACCUCUGUAAAGAAGAAAGACAGGGGCGUCAGAGAUGCAUUGUAUUUGCUUAAAUUAGAGGAGCCAUUUCUACAGCUACAUUUAUCCAUAUAUAUUAGGAUAUGCAAAAUUUAAGCAAAUCUGCAGCCCGCUUUGUCCUUUGUUUAAAGCAGAGUUUCUCAACCUUUUCCCAACUGUGGCCCCCUUCCGACCUCGUUUCCUUCCUGUGAACCCUCUGUCCUACCAGUAGAAAGGUAGCUAGUUCAAUGUUUUGUUUGUAGAUAGAACAUGUUUUAUUUAUAUAUUUUUUAUAAUUUACACAAAAUACAACUGCAUAAAAAUCAGUGGGACCCUUGUGCUUGGUGACCAGAAACAAGUUUUAUAUAUAUACCGUACUUUUCCGUCUAUAAGACACCCCCAUUUAUAAAACACCCCCUAUUUUGGGGGACUCAAAUUUAAGAAAUUGGGGGGAGAUGGCACAGAGUGGUUGAGCUUUUUUGCAGAGGAUUACCCAGGGUUGUUGAGCUUUUUUAGGGGGGAUUGCUGACACACGUCACUAAAUCUGCCUCCCAUCGCCAGCAGAAGCUGCCAAUCACCUGCCCAACCGCCAGAGCAUCAGCCAAUCAACAUCAGCCAUUGACACAACAGCCAAUAACACACAAAUAGCCACUGACAGCCUUGGCAGCAACCAAUCAACCGUCCACCCUAUACACUACCCAUGCAUAAGAUGACCCCCACUUUUUAGCAUGAUUUUUAAAGAAGGAAACAUAGUCUUAUACACGGAAAAGUACGGCAUAACCAAAGAGGGAUAACUAAAGAGCACCUCUGUCCAUGAUGUUAAGGUGAUUCCGUGUUAGACUGAGUAAAUAAUUCACACAACUGAAACCUGAUUCUACCAAAUACGAAGUAGGAAAUGCCAUGAAAAACAAAUUCACUUUAUCCCAAAGCUGUGGAAACUUUUAAGAUAUUCUGUUUUCUUUUCGAUUCUUGGUCACUUCUCUCUUUUCUUCACUUCUCACGUCCCUCUGUAGCCCCCUAGACUCGUGCCGUGUACCCUCCAUUUACAAGAUUUUCACCUGUUUCCCCCUUGGAAUAUCCUGGGCGCCCCUAGGGGGCCAUAUGACUCCCAGUUGAGAAACACUGGUUUUAAAUGAUGGAUAAACAGCCACCCAGCUGCACUGGGUGCAGUGAGACACAAAAGGAUACUGGACAACACCCCAAGGUGGGUGCAGUGGCUGAACUCCUUGAAAACUGGGUUUGAAUCCCAGCUGAGCCAUUGAAAAGGUUUGCCACCUCUUUUUCCGGCCCUGGUCCUAUGCAGUUAAUGGUUGCCUGGCACACAAACUCUGGAGGCAAAAUAUGCCAGUGCAUGCCAGGAGGGAAAAGGUCACUGCUUUAAUUUCUUUGUGAAGCUAGUAACCCACCCAAUGAAUCACUGGGUGUGCCUUGCACAACCCCUCAGUUUUCGGUAUCUGCAGAAGGGGGUGUGUAGCUUUCUUGACACAGUUGCAAACAGUGCCAGAUUUAUGUAUAAGCUAAACAAGCCCUAUAGCUUAGGGCCCCACUCUCUUGGGGGCCCAAAAAAAAAUUUAAAGGAAAAAAACUGGAUGUACAUUUCCAAAAUAUAAGAUAAAAAACAAAUGAAAUAAAACCUACAUACAGCAACAGUGUUGUUUUGUUUUGUGUUGUGUUGUGUUAGGCGCCUAUGAUGUAACGGGCCACACCUGCUAGCCUGCUCCCUAAAAUAUCACUGGUUUGCUCAUUUCUAUAUAUAGGAUGCCUACAUUCUGCAUGUACAAAUGGCUUUAGAUACCUAUUAGGUCCAUAAAUUACCAUAUAGCAUAUAUUCAACACAAAAAAGCAGUGACAAUUUGUUGUUGACAAAGGACAGCUGGACAUAUAAAGCUAUUACUGUCAGUAGCUUAGGGCCUCAUCAAACCUAAAUCUGGCCCUGAUUGCAAAAAAAUAACGGCUGGGGGGGGAUUGUAAAGCACUAUACAUGCUAAAACUAUGCAGUAGAAGCUGUGUUUUAAAAAAUAAAAUGAAUGUCGUGUAGACUAGCCCCUGAAAGAGAAAUGCCAGGAGCACAUACAUUCAUGUCUGCCUGUACCAUACAGAAGUCAGGAACUGCACUACAGUCCCAAGAAAUCUAAACCCAAUUGAGAGCUGAAGCACAGAUACUUUGAAGUAAGCUGCAUUGAAAUCAAUGGGAUUUACUUUCAAGUAAAUGUUUUUAGGAUUGGACUUUUAAGCUCAUUGAUUUCAGUGGCAGUUGAGCACAGUUAAGUGCUUAAUUCUCAUUGAUUUCAACAGGACUUUCUCUCCCAUAAAAUCCGGUGGCACCUUGGAGGCUAACUAGUUUAUUGUGGCCUGAGGUUUUUCCUCCUCUAAGGAGAUACAUCUUCAUGAAUCCACAUCUCUUAAAAUGAGGUUACCAGCAGAGCAAUAAUAAUAAUAUAAAAAAAAGUCCAGCCAGAAACGCCACUAUCCUUUUAACAGAAGUUUGACAUGUAGAGAUCAGCAACCGUAGCUUUUAAUAGCAUGGAGUUAAAUGUGAUAAAACCUCUCUGUCAAAGGCAUGGCUGCAUCCAGACCCUGCUCAAAAUUUGGCAACCUUGUUUAAAAUACAAAAACAUCUGGCAAAUAUAAACGGAUAUGCUUUUUGGCAAUUCUCGGAAGGUGUCAGUUGUGGGAUGAAACUAACACAGGCUUUGUCCUUAACAGAAAACAAAAACAAAAAAAUGUACCCCAGGCCUGAGUAUAUCCUUUGUGCCAGGGCAAACUCUGGUGACGGUAAAUAAUUUAGACACAUUUCCUUGCUUGGGACACCAGCCAACACUUUCUUUUAGAAAGGUAACUUGAAGAGAUGCCCUAAGCGUUGCUGUAUAAACUGCUGACUUACGUGCAGAUUAAAAAUGGUGUUCCGUGCCAGUCCUGUUGGGUAUAUUACUAUUAUAUCCACAACUCCCACAUAAUUUUCUUGUUCUGGGCCCAGUCCCAAACAAAGCCGAUCCGGCUCUCAUGAAAGGGAAGUUCCGUUCUUUUAUCAAAAUUGCGUGGACAGAAACUCCUGAUAAUGGCUGGAUUGUACACACUAUAGUUCCACCCUUAAAUUUCCUCUAGUGCCAUUGGUCCUUUUCAUUUCAGAUAAACCACACGUUAUCUGACAGCGUAACAUGUUCCCCAGGGCUAGAACUACCAAGGAGGCAAGAUCUGUAGGCAAGAUCAUUGGUGUUAAAUAGUGGGUAGACAUAUCAGACGACACGGCGAUUCUUCAAAGCAGCUCUUUAUUUGUAAGCUGGAACAGAACUGAACUGAAGGGUUCAGCCAGCCUGCUUAUAUAGAGCUCCAGUACAACGUAACUGUAACAACUUUCUGCAACUAUCCAAUCACUGAAAGUCACUUUCGAUCCCUUAUUUGCAUAUGUGGACCUGAACUAUCCACAGUAUCCCCCUGCUGGCCCAGGGUGAGAACUUCAGUACAUAACAAUUGGAGUCAUGGCCACAUUCAUACCCAGCAUUGAAAGCACUAUGGUGCUUCUUUAAACAAACAUGGCUCCCCCCCAAAGAAUUCUGGGAGCUUUAAUGCGUUAAAGGUGCUGAGAAUUUUGAGGAGACCCCUAUUCCUCUCACAGAGCAACAACUAUCAGAGUUCCCUGUGAAAAGGGAUUAAUUGUUAAUCCAACCUGAAAAUUGUAGCUCUGUGAGGGGAAUGGGUCUCACCCAACGGCACGCUUAGCAAAUUACAGCUCCCAGAAUACUUUGGGUGACGCCAUGACUGUUUAGAGUGGCAUCAUAGUGCUUUAAAUAGAUGGUUGAAUGUGGCCAUAGUCUUUUGGUUUAUUUGCAAGCAGCCCAUAUUUAUUAUUAUUUAUUGGAUUUGUUAGUGGCUUUUCUUACAAAUUAACUCAGAGGGCCCAUCCGCACCAUACAUUUAAAACACUUUCAUAUCCCUUUAAACAAUCAACAACUCCAAAAGACUCCUGGAAACUGUAGUUUGCUAAGAGUUGUUAGGGGACACACACACACACACACACACACACACACACCUUCCACUCAUAGAGCUAUAAUUUUCAGAGUGGUUUAGAAGGAUUCUUUGGGGGAUAAAAAUAUGUUUUAAAUAUAUGGUGUGUACUCAGCGGUUCUGUGUGAAAAUCUGAAGGCAUCCUCUGUUGACCCUGACCAAUUUCCUCAUCCUCAAUCUCUUCCUUUCACAGACUUCAGCAAAGAUAGAGAGUGAGAGAGAUUCUUUCGCAGAGUAUAUAUAUUUGCUAUGAGGGUGUGAGCUUCUUGUCCUCUCAAGGCGUUUCCUGUAUUGUUUGGAAAUAGUUCUUCCACUUUGUAUUUGGGGCCUUGCCCAAAAUGCUCACUCAGAUUGUCUGGGAACAAGCUAGAUUUCUGCCUAAAAUGUCUCCGUGCAACCCUCAAGGAGAGCCGAAAAGCUAAGACCAUCUCAACGUGGCUUCAAACAAGAGCAAAAAACGGGUGUUUGGGGCCUGUUUGAGCAGAUGCGGUUGUAGGAACACAGCCCGAGGAGGUCAUACAAGGAUCUCCGCAAGAGAUCGGCUAUCUGAGCACGAGUCUACCUUGUUGCCAUGCCAACAGGUCUCCAUCUUCCUCCACCCUAGCAAGAUGCCAUGAGGCAAAGGGAGUUGUUUUGAGGGCCAUUAAAGAUAGCAGCAGGAUAGAACCGAGGCACCACAAUCCACAGGGCAAGGGUCCCUUUGACCAAAUCCCACAAAAAUGAGCAGGAGCUGUGCAGCAAGACAGCCUGCGUACACAAUACCAGCUUAAAACACAGCUAGGUCGUACUUUUUCUCAAUUUGGAUUCGAGGUGGUUUGGUGGUGGGGGGUGCAUCAAAAGGCAGCAUUUCCUGAGGAACGACAUGAUUUUACACCACUUUCCAAGUGGUGGGAGUGGGAGCCAACUGGAUGCAGAGUAAACAGGAGUGUGUACGCAGCUGCGGUGCCUGGUUUGCAUGUCAUUUGAAAGCCAUGGUUAAGUUGAACUAUCAUUUAAAGGCUAGGAAACAGCAGACACUGUAGCUGCUUCAUUCUUCCCCCUGCCAGGUGCUAAGCGAUGGUUUAGCUUAGUAUUACAUCAGAACCCCAGGUUUGGGAUUUAUGUCUCACUUUAAGCAAAACACAAGUUGUAACCAUUGUUAAGUUGUGGGUGAACAUAUCAGACGACACAGCGAUUCUUCAAACAGCUCUUGUUUAUUCAGAGGCCAGAAGAAAACUGAACUGAAGGGUUCAGUCAGCCUGCUUAUAUAGAGCUCCAGUACAACGUUACUGUAACAACUUUCUAAAACUAUCCAAUCACUGAAUGUCACUUUCGAUCCUUCAUUUGCAUAACUAUCUACAGUAUCCCCCUGCUGGCCCAGGGUGAGAACUUCAGUACAUAACAACCAUGGUUUGUUCUUGGCCUACUGCUCAUGGUUUGGGGGGAAACAAACCAUGAGCCAGGGUUUGCAUGUAAUCCUAAACCAAACCAUGGCUUAGCUCCACGCAGUGCAGUUAGCAGAAGGGAAGGAGUGAAACCGCCAUUAUCCCCGCCGCCAUGGACCAGCAGACUGCACACUCACACUUCAACCACAAUUAAGCUUAACUAUGGUUUAUAAUUAAAUGCAGAUAAAGGGAGGGGGCUGGCCAAAAGCCUCAAAAUACAGGCCAGGAUUGGUGAGUGCAUACCCUCCAACAAUAGGGACGUCUUGUUCCAUAACAAUAAUGAUAAUUUUAUUAGUUAUACCCUGUCCCUCUGACAUGGUUGCCCCAGCCACUCUGGACAGCUUCCAACAAACAUAAUAAAGCAUUAAACAUUUAAAAACUUCCCCAUACUGUACAAGGUUGCCUUCACAUGUCUUCUAAAGGUUGUAUAAUUACUUAUCUCCUUGGCUCGGGGGUCACAUAGCUCCAUACCCUCUCUAAUGAAAAUAGGGACGUCCUAAAGAAAGGCGAUAGGGACACGGGUGGUGCUGUGGGUUAAACCACAGAGCCUAGGACUUACCGAUCAGAAGGUUGGUGGUUCAAAUCCCCGCGACGGAGUGAGCUCCCGUUGUUCGGUCCCAGCUGCUGCCCACCCAGCAGUUCGAAAGCAUGUCAAGUGCAAGUAGAUAAAUAGGUACCAUUCUGGCAGGAAGGUAAACGGUGUUUCUGUGCGCUGCUUUGGUUCACCAGAAGCGGCUUAGUCACGCUGGCCACAUGACCCGGAAGCCGUCUGCGGACAAACGCCAGCUCCCUUGGCCUAUAGAGCGAGAUGAGUGCCGCAACCCCAGAGUCGUCCGCGACUGGACCUAAUGGUCAGGGGUACCUUUACCUUUAAAGAAAAGCGGGACAUUUCAGGAUCAAAUCAUAAACCAGGACUGCUUCUGUAAAUCCGGGACUGUCCCUGGAAAAUGGGGACACCCGGAGGGUCUGUGAGUGGGUUGGUUCCAAGAGCUCACCAUUACCCAAAGCACAUUAAAUCCCACAGCUGGGGCCUGGGUCUGAUGGUGGGGAGUAACAGGAGCUCUCCUGCCUCUCCUCUCCACUUUCCAGGAGCUGACAUGGCCUAUCAGACGGAGUUCAUCAUCGAUGCCCAGCCACAAGCUGUUGGCGCCAGCUACACUUUGAGCAACCAAGGGGCCUGGAAUACAGACCUGUGUGACUGCUGCUCCGAUAUGGGCAUCUGUGAGUAAUUGGGGUUUGUGUUGGCGGCUAGCAGUUCCUUUCUGCCACUCAAGUGGUAGGCUGUACAUGAGAAGAAGGAAGGAGGGCUAAUGAGCUGUCUGUCAGGCAAUCGGAAGAGCCAGGAAACUCAAGAUUUUGCCACUGAUCGAUCCACGGGGCUGCCCUUUCCCUGCCUGCCUUCCCUGGAAAGAGCAAGAUUCUUGAAAUCAAAAGUUAGCCAACCUAGAAGGGGCGAGGGAUCGGUUGUUGCUAAUACGUGAGGCUAUUUUUAUUACCGGCACUUGCAGCAAACCGUUACAGCGUGGAGUGAUCUUGUACAGGGUCCCAGCCAGGCAUGCCCUUUCCCUGGAUACUCCAUUACCCAUUUCUCCCUAGGUCUGUUCCCCGCCCACUAGUCAAAAAGCAUUCUGUUCCCACUGAGCAUGUUCAGUCUGCACUGAGUUGUUGUUGGGUUUUUUGGCCCCCUCUCGCCCCCAAGGAUUUUUCUAUGUCCAUGAAACUUGGUGUUCCUUCAAAACAGAUGGCACCUCCCUCAUGGGCAGUGUGUGCCUUUUUUAUAUUGUUACUUAAACUGCUUGGGGCAAUGCAGGAAUUAGGAAUAGCACGGGCCCUGCCAUCAUAUUCAGCAUCUAAAUGUAAUGGCGAGCGGCACUGGGGAGAAAACGAAAAUACAGGGGAAGAAGUAAUUAGGAAGAAUGAGGUGAAGCAUUAGGAAGAAACAGGCCGAUGGAAGGAAUCUUCUGCAUUAGGCUUAUGCAGGAAGCUUAGGCAUUGGGAGACAGUGAUGUGGAGUGGUCAGAGUGACAGACUGCAACUGGAGUGUGACAGCGUAGGAUGCAAGUGCGACUUGCACUGUGCAAAGAAAGGGAGGCAAGCAAACCAACUUAGCCAGGGGUCAGCAUACUUUUUCAGCAGGGGCCCAGUCCACUGUCCCUCAGACCUUGUGGGGGGCCGGACUAUAUUUUGGAAAAAAAGAAAUUAACAAAUUCCUAUGCCCCACAAAUAACCCAGAGAUGCAUUUUAAAUAAAAGGACACAUUCUACUCAUGUAAAAACAUGCUGAUGACCGGACCGUCCACAGGCCAGAUUUAGAAGGCGAUUGGGCCGCAUCCGGCCCCCGGGCCUUAGUUUGCCUACCCAUGAGCUUAGCUAACCCCUCCUCCUCCUUAACCUCACUGCUGCCACCAAGUGGGUGUUUUUUAUUUUUAUCUCGCUAGCUCCACCAAACAGCUUUUUAAUUCUCUGGAUUCAACUGGCCCAACCUACUAGAUAGCGUGGUAUGGCAAUUAGACAUGUUUUGAAUAACUAGCCCCCAGACCAUUCCGCCUGCCCCAAAAACCCAAAACAUUCAUUUACCGUAUUUUUCCAUGUAUAAGAUGUCCCCAUGUAUAAGAUGCCCCCUAUUUUUUGAGCCCCAAAUUAAGAAACAAUUAAUUGUAACAUUCUGUGUAUAAGACGACUCCCAAUUUUAAACUUUAAAAAUUUGGGGGGAAAUAUCGUCUUAUACACAGAAAAAUACAGUACUUAAAGUAAUGCAUGAUUCUAUGAAAGCGGAGGUGGUCAUCCAAAUUGGUGGCCUUCACCACCUCCUGCAAUUGCGAGUUCCAUAGUUUUAAGUCUGCUCCACCUUUUACAUGACAGCCUCUUCAGACUAUAAUCUCUCCCCUUAACCUUCCUUUCUCCCAGCUAAACAUAUCCAUAUCCCCUAUAGGACUUAGUUUCCAGAGCCCUCACUGGAAAUCAUUUGCCUUCCUCCGGAUACAUGCAGAAUGCUUCUGUCUCCCUUCCUCCAGGUCUCUGUGGUACCUUCGUUCCGUGCAUCCUUGCCUGCCGUGUGUCAGAGCAGGCAGGUGAGUGCUGCUGCCUCCCAUACCUGCCUGGUACUAUCAUUGCUCUGCGGACCAGUGUGCGCGAGAGAUUCCACAUUGAGGUGAGAUCUGGGAAGUCAAAUAAAGAUGGGUGUGGGGAGAGGGGUUGGGGUGGUAGUUAAACUGAUGGGCUGGCCGGGGUUGGGGUUGGGGUGGAGUUGCUGUUCUGCUCCAAAAGAAAAGCCCAGUCUGUUUUAAUAAAUACCUUUUUAUAGGUUCGAAAUUAGGCACGGGGGAGGAAUCUGAUUCAGCUCACAUUUAAAAGCAAACCCUCCCAAUCUGCAUUUUCUGACACAAUGCACAAACCAAAACGCAGCCGUCCUUUGAAAUUUGCACUUCUCUGAAUGUUGCAACGCAGUUCAAGCAAUGUGAACAAAAAUGCAAAUACUAGGGCAAGGUGUGCAUUGAAAUGCGUAUAUUACUGCAAAGGCCAUACAAAAAUGCAUUAUGUAUGGGAAUAUUGCUUUGCAAAAAAUGUGUAAAUUAGGCAAAACUGCAUACAAACUAUAUUAAGAGAAAUUUGCAUCAAAAUGCUAAUGAGUUUCAUAGCAACUUAAAAAAACAAAAGCCCUGCAAACUGAUGUGGAAAUGUGGAGAAAUUAAGACUGGGAACGUUUAAAAAAUGAGACAAACCAAAAUUGACAGAUUUGCCCAUCCUUACUCAAAAUAUGUUGGUAGCUAUCAAGCUAGUUAUGCACCUGAAACCUACCAAGGAGGAAGACACAACAGGGGUGGAUGGGCUGGGUAUAAGUAGUAAAUCAUCAUCUACCCGUUGCUGGUUUUCUUACCAUGAUUAGAGUUCCUUAGGGCUGCCCAACUUUUCAGCUGACCAUUGGAAGUCUGGCUUUUAGCAACAGCUUGAUGCGCAGAGACCAAGUGACAAUGUGUUUCUUUUUUGUUAAAAGCUUUAUUUGCUGACUUCUGCAUAUUACGCUGCUACUAUAUGCAUGGGGACACCCUGGGCCAUUUUAUUCUAGUCAUUUGGCAGUAUUUGAUGGCAGGGAUUAAUAGGAAGGGAGGGCCUCUUCUGUGGUGGCCCCCUGUAUUUGGAAUAGCCUCCCCAGAGAGGCCUGCCUGGCACCUAAGUUGUUUUUUCUUAUGCCCCAAGUGAAGUGCCCUUUAUUUUCCUGAUGGAUGUUGCUUUUGAAUUGACUUUUAUCAUUGCUUUGGGACUCAUUGGGAAAAUGAACCUUGCUCACGAGAACAGGAAACACAAUUGCAUAUUCAAAAGUAAAGUGCUCUUGCAAUUUUUAAAAAGUGCUAUAAUAAUCAAUGUGUGGGCGGUGUGCCUUUGCUGAACCAGCUCUAAGGCUGAUUUGCCUGAGUUUGGCUGAAAGGAAUCCCUAGAUGGUUAGGAAUUUCAGCCUCUGUCUCAGUUACAAGCCAGUUUUGUCUCUUGGGAGCUACACAACUUCACUUGCCCCUGACCUUCCAUUUUAACACAGCCUCUUUGUUUCUGAAACCCAGGGCUCCAUUUGUGAGGACUGGGUGGUCAUGGCCUGCUGUCCAUUCUGCGGCCUCUGUCAACUCGCCCGAGAGCUGAAAAACAAGAACUGAAGCAGAGGGGAAGCUGGCAGACAUUCUUCACUCCUGCAGGGAGAACGAAGUAGCUGGAUCAAUGGCAGUGAGGGACGGAGGCCAGCUUCUGAACCCAGAAGCCUAUCAACUGCAUAGCAAAAGACCUAUUGUCUUUGCACAAGGAAAAAGGAAAAGAUACGGCUCUCCUUUGUUCAGCCCCUGCGGUCAUCCCACCUUGAAAAUUGUGUCAAAAUAAAAUAAUCAUUGUCUCAAACUGUA